GACUCCUCCCAGUCCGUGAGACUCCUCCAGCGAGUGAGGUUAAUUCAUUAAACACGCGGGAGACUCAUUCUUUCUGUCUUUCUCAAGGCUCUUUUACUCACGGGCUCUGAUUACUCCUCCUCCUCCUUCACAGGCGUGAGACUCUUCCCGCCAGCGCGCACUUCGCGUGGCGAUCAUUAACCAGGUGGGAUGUCUAGUGCGUGUGUGGUGUCUAGGCAUGUCGACCCUUGGUGGUGUGACGGCUCGGUGUGGGAGGUGCGCCAAGGCAGUGUACCAGGCGGAGGAGGUGAUAUGUGAUGGACAGCGCUACCAUCGUCUCUGCUUCCGUUGCUCCGUGUGCCGAAAGGGCUUGGACAGCACGACGCUGGCUACGCACGGGGAUGAAAUCUUCUGCCGUUCGUGCUACGGCAAGAAGCUGGGCCCCAAGGGCUACGGCUACGGACAGGGAGCGGGAGUCCUGAGCACCGAUCGCGGGGAGCGCCUGGGCAUCCGCCCCGAGGAGCCUGGUGCACCUCAACCUACAUUCAACACCAAUCCAUCCCCACUGGCACGCUCCUUUGGUGGAUGCGAUAAAUGUCCACGUUGCAGUCAGUCUGUUUACGCAGCGGAGAAGGUCAUGGGGGCUGGCAAGCCAUGGCAUCGCAGCUGCUUCCGUUGCAAGCAGUGUGGGAAGAGUCUGGAGUCUACAACACUGAAUGACAACGAUGGUGAAAUCUACUGCAAAGCCUGCUACGCGAAGAACUUUGGCCCCAAGGGCGUGGGUUACGGUCUGGGUGCUGGAACCCUCAUGCAUUCCCAGUGAGGCUGGUCUCCAGAGUGAAGAUCGGCUCUUCGACACGCACGCAUUCCCCCACAGCCUGGUGCAGGCGUGAGCUCCAUACUUCACCGCUCGAGGCAGCCACAUCUCCGCCCCCACAAGGGUUGCCGCAAAUAUAUCCACGAUAAUCGUAUGGCAUCUGUUUUACAAAAUAUUAUCAUAUCAUGGUUAUCAAUGUUUUUAAAUAUUUGAUUUCCUCACAAAACCUUUUUUUUUAAAUAACCAACUCAAGUUUGACAUAUCCGAGCUCACAGUGGCUAUAUUUACAUGCAGUUAACAGUUUUUAUUGGGUGUUUAAUUCCUUGAGUGCUACCCUGGACAAUAGCAGUGUCAAUCGUUUUAGGAUACUGUAUAGUGCUUGUGUUCUUAAACGAUAACUCAGAGAUGGCCACUGCAGUUUACCCGUGCACAUUUUAUAGUAGUUUAAUUUUUUUAAUUCUAGUAAAACCUACGACCAAGUUUUUGGUUUAUAAAACAAAGUGUAGGUUUUAAAUAAAAAUGCAAAUGACAUGU